AUGCAGGUGCGUCGCGCCACGAUGGAAGAUAUGUACCAAAUGCAGCACUGCAACCUACGCUGCCUGCCCGAGAACUAUAACCUGCGGUAUUACCUUUACCACAUUCUUUCGUGGCCACAGCUGCUGUACGUUCAGGAGGAUAACAACGGCAAUGUUGUAGGUUAUGUUCUCGCCAAGAUGGAAGAAGAGGAGCACGCAGAGAAGGUGUUUGGACACAUCACAAGUAUUGCCGUCCUACGAACGCACCGGCGCCUAGGUAUUGCGUCGCGGGUGAUGAAUGCCGCGCUGCAUGAAAUGGAGCACGAAUACGACGCCAACUUCUGCUCUCUCCACGUUCGUAAGACAAAUGAUGCCGCUCUUCAUCUGUACCAGAAUACCCUCAACUUUCGCUGUGCUAAUGUAGAAAGUAAGUACUACGUUGAUGAGGAAGAUGCCUAUCAUAUGAAGCGUUUCUUUAAGGGAACAAACCCAGGCUUCUAUGUGACAGAAAGUAGGCAACUCGUACGCCAACCAAACACAGGGGCUGGUGCGGCAGCCGGGUCCGCCGCAGAAGCUAGUGGUCAACGGCCAGACAAAAAGAACUCCGUAGACAAGCAGAAGGAGCAGUUGGAACUGGCGGCAGAACUCCUUGAAGAGGAUCUUAAGAGCUCCGGAAAGGGGCGGCGACAGCCGCAUCAGCAACACCAAAAGGGCGGUAAGCACGGAAAAGGUAAAAAGUAA